AUGAUUAGCACGCCAGAAGCCUUGCUUGCCUUUGUCUGUUGGGUGCCCUUUACGUUCGCCAUUACCUGGGCUACUCUGGGUCCGGCUGUGACGGUGAGCUUCAUACCCGUCUGGGUAUUGAGUGUGAUCUACCCUUUUAUGAAGCGCCUUAUGCCCUUUCCACAAGUUGUUCUUGGGGCAAUCAUAGGAGGCGCGGUGUUUCCAGGUUGGGUGGGUGUUACCGGGGAUCUGGAUCAUCUCGACCAGGCAUUGCCGCUAUUUUUCGCUACAGCCGCAUGGGUUGUCUACUUUGACGUUUUCUAUGCGACACAAGACCUGCCGGACGACAAGAAGGCUGGCGUCAAAUCGCUCGCGGUCUGGAUGGGACCCAAUGUCAAGAUCCUCCUCGCGGGGCUCGGAAUCCUACAGAUUGCCUUCUUCGCCAUGACAGCACUGCGGGCCGAUCUUUCCCUCAUCUUCUGGAUACUGGGAAUUGGAGUGUGGGCCGUCAGUGUGCCAUGGCAUGUCCUGUCCUUGAACCUCAAGGACCGACACUCCGGCGGAUGGGUCUUCAAAGCGAAUAUCAAACUAGGAUUGUAUAUGACGGGAGUCUCUUUAUUGGAACUCGUUCUGUUGAGGGUGCAUCACGCACCCAUGAAAAACCAUCUGCCUCUUACUCGAGCCAGCAGCCCAUCCAUUACCAAUCAAACGUUCGCGAUGGACCGUAUCGACGUACACCAUCACUUUAUCCCCCCCGCUUAUGUUGAGGCAUUCAAGACCACUGGAGGAGAUCCCUCGGGGUGGCAUCUCCCCCAAUGGACGCCGGAAUCCAGUCUCUCGCUGAUGGACUCCCACAACACCCGAACGGCCAUCCUUUCCCUGACUGCGCCGGGCACUUCCAUCCUGGCCCACUCGCCUGGAGCUUCGGCCACCCUCGCCCGAGAAAUUAAUCUUUACGCAGCGAAGGUGCACAAUGAAAAUCCGACCCGUUUCGGCUUCUUCGCGAGUCUACCCCAUCUGACCCCCGACACCAUCCCUGCUGCUAUCGAGGAGGCGAUCUACGCGCUAGAGACCCUACAUGCAGAUGGGAUCACGCUAUACACCCGCUAUACUGGAACCGGCUAUCUUGGGCAUGACGCCUUUGCGCCUCUAUGGGAGGAACUGAACCGCCGCAAGGCCGUCGUGUUCAUCCAUCCGACGAAUACGGCGGCGGACGCUCGGAACCGGUCGAUCCUCGUCAAUCCUGCGCUUCCCCAGCCGAUUAUUGACUACCCGCAUGAGACGUGCAGGACGGCUGUCGAUCUGAUUACGUCUGGCACUAUCUCCCGCAACCCGGAUGUCAAGAUCAUCCUUUCCCAUGGCGGUGGCACAUUGCCUAUCCUUGCGACACGCGCAGCACAUCUUCUUUACGAUGCCAAGUUGACCAGCAUCAGCCCAGAAGACUUUCUGGAGCAGGCACGGAGCUUCUAUUUUGAUCUGGCGUUGUCUGGCAACGAUGAAAACAUGCAGUUACUGGUGGGGAGGAAUGGAUUUGCAAAGGGGGGGCAUGUCUUCUAUGGCAGUGACUUCCCCUAUGCACCGGUCAGUACGAUCAACAAAUAUGUGCGGAUGAUGGAAGGGUUCUCGGUCCAGGGCGAGGAGGUGGAAAAGGCAAUUGCCAGAGAUUCGGCCGUGAAGUUGUUUCCGCGAUUCCAGAUGCCUGCAGACUUACGUGUCGGAAAGACCAAUAAUUGGGGCGCGUUUUCCGCCUGCUUAUUGCUCCCUGUUGGUUUAUCAGCUCUUUAUUCCGUACUACAGUCUCGUGUUCAUACUUAUAGUACCUAG